AUGCGUGCUACCACCGCAGUCCUCUCCCUCCUCACGGCAACUUUUGCCGUCGCCGGCUCUCCUAAAGGCAGUCCAACCCCCGACCCCUACGAGGCCAUCCACCAAGCCUCCUACCUCCUAGCCUCCCUCCUCGACACCAAGCAGUAUUCCCGCCUCAACGAGGCUAUGACCGACGACAUCAUCUACGACAGCCGUCCCCUGGGCGCUUACGGCGGGCUCUCCACCGGCCUCGCUGAGACCAGCAAGAACAUCGCCGCAGCUUUCGGUGAUGCGCUCAUCGAGCACCAGGUCGGCAACGCGCUGAUCCGCUUCAACAACCCCGAGGCCACCUCGGCGAACGUCAGCACGUACCUCACCUGGUCUCGCUGGGACUCCGCCAAUCUGCACGACAUCACCAAGACGUUCCGCAUCUACGAGCGGUGCGAUGAUCUGUUUGUCGUCGACCCCAAGGAUGGCCGAUGGAAGCUCAAGUACAGCUUGGUUGUCAACCAAGGGCCCGCGGUUGAGGCGCCGUACUUCCCCCAAGAUGAGGAGAAGGAUGACGGGAAGAGCUGUGAUCAGGAUGCUUAA